AUGGCUCCUUAUGAAGCCUUGUAUGGACGGAAGUGUAGGACCCCUCUAUGUUGGAUGGAAGUUGAUGAAGAAAGAAUUUUGGGACCAGAGAUUAUUCAAGAGACUACAGAAAAUAUAAGGAUGGUCCGUGAUAAGAUGAAGAAAGCACAAGAUCUCCAAAAGAGCUAUGCAGAUCACAGAAGAAGACCAUUGGAAUUUGAUGAAGGUGAUCACAUAUUCUUGAAGGUGACUCCGAGGUUGAGACUGAAAGGACCAUUUAAGUCACGGAAGCUAAGUCCGAGAUACGUAGGGCCAUACCAGAUUAUAGAGAGGAUUGGAGAAGUAGCUUACAAAUUAGCCUUACUGUUAGACGAUUCAGUAGAAGUAGAAGCAAACCUAACUUUCGAACCUCUACCAAGUCGCAUUGCAGGACAAGAAGUUAAGGUAUUGAGGAGUGAGGAGAUCCCUCUUAUUAAGGUUCAGUGGGAUGAAUCGCAUUCGGGCGAUGCUACUUGGGAGCUGGAGUAA